AUGAAGAAAUGUGAUUUGGAGCCUGAGAAAACUUCUGCAACGCAACUAGACGUUAGGAACAUAACGAAUAACACCUACCAGGAAAUAGACAUGGCGACGGGAGCGCGCAACAGGCGCCGCGCGGCUCCGCCCAGAGACAGUCGCGUCGAAGAGCUAGAGGGAACAAAGCAGUUAUACACCGACUACUUCGGGGAGGUUCGAAGAGGACAAGCCCAUGACUAUGACGCUAAUCGGAGGGCGAACAUAAUCUACAAUAUUGUGCAUCCGAAGCACGGAAGAUGGCGCGGGAUGGAGGAUCCCUACAGACCAGGCGCAAGAGCGCCCUCGAUUUACAGGUCCAGAGCCAUCUUUCCAGCAGCAAUACCGCAGACGCCGGGGCGCUUAGGACCUAAAGCCAAGCAAAGACUGCAAGAUGCGUACAGCGCAACGUUCAGACUGAACCAGAACUUUACUCCAGCCCAUGUGACCUUCCGAAAGAUAUUAGGUUACGGCGGCUUCGGCGUUGCCGCGCUCUUCGGCCUGCACGAUAGCACAGGGAGAGAGACCACAGUUGUCGUAAAGGCAGAUCUACGGCCGAGUACUCGGAAUUUCAUCAAGAUCGAGAAAAAGCACAUGAUAUCCAUGUCCGGGGCGAGACACGUGGUCCAGCGCACACUUCUGAUCGCAUUCCCCUGGCCCAAGGACAUUCCCGUGCGCUACGACCAAUUUCGAGCUGCUGAAAGGUUCGCCAUCAAACUUGGCAUCUUUUUCCUCAAGGUGGUCUCUCUCUUCUUGCUCACUACAAUUCAAUUGCGGACAAUCAAGAUCCCCAACCGGCUGCUGAUCAACCAGUUGCCGCUGAACCAGCUGCCGGUCAACCAGGCCCCUCUAGAUCAGGUUCUUCUAGAUCAGGUUCUUCUAGAUCAGGUUCUUCUAGAUCAGGUUCUUCUAGAUCACAGCCUGGUCGACCUCAGCAAGCACAAGCUCAACAAGCUAGAGUCCAGCCACCCAGAGUUGAACCAGAUGCUGCUCAGCCUCCUGAUGCUCAGCCGGCUGCUGCUCGGCCGGCUGUCGAUGAACCAGAUCCUGCCGAGCCGGAUCAACAACAAUGGCUCGUUCCCAGCCUGCAAUCUUGGACUAUGGAGAGACUGUGGCCUGACUGGCCAAAAGCGCCUCCAAGGGCACUAG